AUGAUGGUGGCCAUGAUGGUCGCCGGAGACGAUGAUGAUGAAGAUGGGGAUGACGGGAUGGGAUCGAUGGUCCUCUGUUUCUCUAUCACUGAUCAUCCCACGUUCUUGAUCAACAGGAAUGAAUCAGAUGCCUCUGAUCAUAGCUACAGUGAAGGUGAUACAGUCCCCUUCUAUGCCAACAUAAUUGGCCCAUUCCAUAAUUCUAGAGAAACAUAUGCUUAUUAUGAACUUCCAUUUUGUUCUCAAGAUGUUGUCAAAGAGAAGAAGCUUAAUUUAGGAGAGAUGUUGAAUGGAGAUCGUCUUGUUUCAACUCCAUAUAAGCUUGAAUUCCUUGUGGAUAAAGAUUUAGAAGUAUUAUGCAAUAAGACACUGAGUAAAACAGAUGUUUCUAAGUUCAAAAGGGCUAUAGAGAAGGACUACUAUAUGCAAUUAUACUAUGAUGACUUACCAAUGUGGGCUUUUAUUGGAAUGUUAAGAAAUGAGGAAAAUUUUAGUGGAAGGAUCAAAACAGAGUAUUCCAUUUACAGACAUUUUGAUUUCCAAGUUUUUUAUAAUAAGGAUCAUGUUAUUGAGGUCAAUCUCCGAAUGCCUAGAGAUUCAUUUACAGACAUUACUGAAGACAAGGAAGUUGAUGUGGGGUUCACAUACUCAGUUCAGUGGAAAAUGACACAACAAUCAUUUGAUAGGAGAAUGGAGAAAUACAUUGGUUCUUCCAUUUUACCUCACCACAUGUCAAUACAUCAUCACUCAAUUACAUACUCAAGUCUCAUACUCCUCAUUCUGAUCAUUUCCCUACUCACAUUUUACUUACUAGUCCUUCGUAAAGACAUUUCCAAGAACUUAGCUGAUGUGGAAGAGGAUAUAUUGAGUUAUAAUAAUCAAGAAGAGAUAGGGUGGAAGAAUGUUCAUGGUGAUGUAUUUAGAUUCCCACAACACAAGUCUUUAUUUGCUGCGGCUCUUGGUGCUGGAAGCCAGUUGCUUAUAGUUAUCGUAGCAAUUCUUGCUCUAGGCCUCCUAGGUGUUUUUCAGCCCUAUAUGCGAGGAGUACUCUGGAAAACACUUAUCAUUGUAUAUGCUGUUACAUCUUUGGUCUCAGGAUAUACUUCUCUUUCCUUCUAUUGUCAACUCGAAGGAACAAACUGGAUGAAGAACCUAAUACUCGCAGGAGUAUUAUAUUUUGGGCCACUCUUUGUUACUUUUACUUUCCUAGACAUUGUUGCAACAUUUUAUGGAUCAACUACUGCAUUACCAUUGAGAGCAAUAGUCAUGUUAUCUCUCUUGUGGAUAUUCAUAGCAUCACCAUUGCUUUUUUUAGGAGGCAUUAUUGGGAAAACCAGAAUGUCUGAAUUCCAAGCUCCCUGCAAAACCGCUAAAAUUCCUAGAGAGUAUUGUGUCCAUAGUCUUCUUUCUUCUUCUGAUCAUGACUGCUUUAGUUCUGUGGCACUGACAUACUUCCAGCUUGCUGUUGAAGAUCAUCAAUGGUGGUGGAGGUCGUUUUUGUGUGGUGGAUCUACUGGAUUGUAUAUAUAUGUUUAUUGCAUCUAUUAUUAUUUCGAGAGAUCAGACAUGAAUGGUUUCAUGCAAAUCUCCUUUUUCUUUGGCUAUAUGGCUUGUCUAACAGUAUUUGAUGUGCUACUCAAUUGCUUCAUUUUUCUCAUCAUCCUGUUAUGUAAUGAAGUACUUCGACAAACACAAGAACAAUGAUAAAGAGGUUGACGAAUAACAAAGAGCUCAAGGAUUUAACGUGGUUGACCUGAUUAGAGUAAUUAAGCUACAUCCACGGGAUAAACUACAGAGAUAUUUUGUUUGAUAUUCAAUACUACUAUACAAUUUUUAUGUAUUUAGUGCAUUUACAAUGUGGUGCUCUUGUCUUAGAGUUACAAUUAGUAUUAAGAGAUUCAUUUAUAGUAGUUGUUGACCUAAACUUUAUAGGCUGGUCUCAUGGGCUCAAGAUGGUAACAUUCC